AUGAUGGACAGCAGGAUACUGGAUCCACCUCAUGCCCAGUUCGGAGGCUCUCUCGGUGGGAUGGUGAGCUUUCCGUACCAUCUAAGCCACCAUCAUGUUUACGAAUUAGCCGGUCAUCAACUUCAAUCUGCAGCCGCGGUUCCUUUCUCUAUAGACGGAUUACUUAACGGCUCCUGCACAGCUUCUGUGGUUAAUUCGAAUCCCCUCUUGUCGUCUGGCUGCGGUAUGAAUGGAGAUAACCAACAGUACAAACUGACAGAUUCGGGAGACCCAGACAAGGAUAGCCCGGGCUGUAAAAGACGACGAACUCGCACCAAUUUCACUGGGUGGCAGUUGGAGGAAUUAGAGAAGGCUUUUAAUGAAAGCCACUAUCCGGACGUAUUCAUGAGAGAAGCACUUGCCCUGAGAUUGGACUUGAUAGAGUCGAGGGUUCAGGUAUGGUUCCAAAACCGAAGAGCUAAAUGGAGAAAAAAAGAAAACACGAAAAAGGGUCCUGGGCGACCUGCUCAUAACGCCCAUCCGACUACGUGCAGUGGUGAGCCGAUGGAUGCCGAGGAAAUCGCUCGGAGAGAGCUCGAGAGACUGGAGAAAAAGAGGAGGAAACAGGAGAAAAGGAUGCUAAGGUCGCAGAACAAACUUAUGGCGGGGGACUUAUUUCACACUCCAGGAUCUGACAGUGACAGUGGCGUUUCACAACUGGCUGACGGUGAACAGAAUAUUCAUUGUGACUUGGGACAGAACCAAACGCAACCAAGCUGUGACCAAACUCCAGAUUCCAGACCCAAACUUCAGAACCAAAGAAACCUGAAUCAACACGCAAGUGGAUCAGAGCUGGACUCGCCCGACAGUAGCCAGCAGUCGAAUUUGUGCUCAAAUGGCAGACCGUCCACUAUUCAGAAACUCAAUCCUUUCAGUGUCGAAAGCCUUCUGUCAGACUCUAGGCCAAGGCGCAAACCUGCCAUAGAUUUCCCUGCUUUAUCCUCUCCGCGGCCUUUGAUAGGGAAAGGGCAUUUCUUGCUCUAUCCCAUUACACAACCACUUGGUUUCAUUGUUCCACAAACUGCUCUGAAGACAUCAGCAACAGGCCCUGAUACUGACAGUACGCCACGAGGUCCAGUAAUCGACGGGUUUGCUGGAAAUUCAGAACAUGGAAACACCAAGGAGGCCAACAAUAUACAUACCAGCGCGACAGCAAUCAAAGGGCAGGUCAGUCAUUCGGGCAAAAUAACGAAUUCACCACAGAGCAGCCCAUCACAAACUACCUUUAACAAUCACUCUGCGGGCAGUUGUAACGAAAAAUGUCCACAAGAUAAUGAAUCAGACCACGCCGAUCCAAAGUCUCCCCAUUCAGAGAAAACGGAACAGUCAUUACCUGACUACCCACUGAGUUCCGAAUCAGCGACAACCAGCUCGGACACAAACAAAGACUCUGUUGAUGUUGAUAUGGAAUAA